UAAAAAAAAAAAGAAAACAGUUUUACUUUUGGUGAUUAUAUAGAGAAAUGGAUUGGCCGGCUAAAUCAAGCGUUGAAAAUUCGGGCACGCUAAAAUAGUCGUUUUCUUUGUUGGAGAUACAGCUGGAGAAGGCAGGCGAGGUGGGAAUGCAGCAAGAGCCUAAGGAAACUAGAAUGAUACUAUAACUCCUGACUGUUUCUCACACCUACUUCAACCAAAUCCAACCAUCACAACUUUUAACUCAAUUUCAUACCAAAAAAUUUUUCAUUUUCUCUCGUAUCCAAGCUCUCCUUACGUCCUCUUAACUUAAGAAGGCGUAAAUGAUUAGAUUUGGGAGAGUUUAGUUUGGAGUAAGGUAUUGCAGAGAAAGACAUGAGUUGCGGUUGUUUUGGUAGAUCAGCUACCAACCGGAAACGGAGCACUGCUCAGGCCACGGACGGUAUUGACGAACAAUUGCUUAGGAGAGUAAACCAUUUCUCAUACAAUCAACUAAGCUCAGCGACAGAUGAUUUUCAUUCAAGCAACAAAAUAGGACGUGGAGGUUUCGGAACCGUUUACAAGGGAGCUCUGAAAGAUGGAACUGAAGUUGCUGUGAAGACACUUGCUGCCCAAUCAAAGCAGGGAGUGAGUGAAUUUUUGACAGAGAUCAAUACUAUAUCAAAUGUCAAGCACCCAAACCUUGUUGAGCUGAUUGGAUGCUGUGUUCAUGGCACGAAUCGGAUAUUGGUCUAUGAAUAUGUGGAAAAUAAGAGUCUUGAUAAAGUUUUGUUAGAUCAAAGGAGUACAAAUAUCAAACUUGACUGGAGCAAAAGAUCUGCUAUUUGCAUUGGUAUUGCCAGGGGUCUUGCAUUCCUUCAUGAAGAACUUGUACCGCAUAUAGUCCAUAGAGAUAUCAAAUCUAGUAACAUCCUUCUUGACGAAGACUUUAACCCCAAAAUUGGAGACUUUGGGUUGGCUAAACUUUUUCCAGAUAACAUCACUCACAUUAGCACCAAAAUAGCGGGAACAACUGGUUAUUUGGCCCCGGAAUAUGCUUUGGGUGGUCAGUUAACCAUGAAGGCUGAUGUUUAUAGUUUCGGUGUCCUUGUACUCGAAAUAAUUAGUGGCAGAAGUAGCUCCAAGGCAAACUGGGGAGGCAUGGAGAAGUUGCUCUUGGAAUGGGCAUGGGAGCUCUAUGAAGAAUGCAAACUCAUAGAGCUCGUGGAUCCUGAGCUCGGAGAAUUCCCAGAGGAAGAAGUCCUUAAGUACAUGAAAGUAGCGUUUUUCUGCACCCAAGCAGCAGCCAACCGAAGGCCAUUAAUGAGCCAGGUUAUUGAAAUGCUUGCAAGGAACAUUAGGAUCAACGAGAAAGUACUCACAGCUCCAGGAUUCUUUCAAGACGGAGAGGCAUCAAGUAAAAAGUCAAUCCAAUCAUCUGGUGAAUCAACCAGCUAUCAGAUGAGUUCUGUUCCUGUCACAAUCACUCAGGUAACCCCCAGAUGAAGAUCCAAAUACAAAAUUUUUUUGGGUAUGACACUUUUCAUUCUUUUUGACAGAGAAGAGAAAGAAGUUAAAAGCCCCAGUUUUAAACUUAAUUCUGGGUGUUGCGUAAUGCAUGCCAUUACUUUUAUUUAUGUAAUUUUGCAGUUUUUUUUUUGUUAUUUUUUUUAAUUUAUAAAAAAGAAAGGGAAAUUUUAUGUAAUUUUGCAGUUUUUUUUGUUAUUUUUUAAAAAAUUUAUACAGAAGAAAGGGAAAAUUUUAGUGGAAGGAAUCUGUCACUCACUGGACAAGGAAGUUU